CAUCACUAAGUAGUUCCCUGCUCUGUCGUGUUUCAUUAAAUAUAAAAUGCGCUACAAUUUUGAAAAUAUUUUGAUAUUUACAGUAUUAUGUGUUGGAAUAGGAAUCCGUGGAAUUGUUUCCUUAAACUCUUAUUCAGGAGCUUCAAACCCACCAAUGUUUGGUGAUUAUGAAGCGCAGAGGCAUUGGCAAGAAAUAACAUACAAUCUUCCAGCGGAUCAGUGGUAUUUGAACACUACUGACAACGACCUGCUUUAUUGGGGAAUUGAUUAUCCUCCUUUGACAGCAUAUCAUAGUUUUCUUGUUGGCACAAUUGCUAAUCGAAUAAAUUCAAGUUACGUUAGAUUAUUGCAAUCCCGCGGCUUUGAAUCUGUUGAACACAAAAGUUUUAUGCGCUUUACAGUGCUGGUAGCAGAUUUAUUUAUAUAUAUUCCGGCAUCCGUGAUAGUUAUGAUUUCGUUGAAAGCAUAUACAUCAACAGAAAAUAUAUUAACGUCACUCACAAUACUAGUUUUAUACCCCGGUCAAAUAUUAAUUGAUAAUGGACACUUCCAGUAUAAUAAUAUAUCUCUUGGAUUAUUUAUUUUGUCAGUUGCAUGUAUAUUAAAAGAUCGUCACAACUGGGCCAGCUUUGUUUUCUCAUUAUCUUUAAAUUAUAAGCAUAUGGAAUUAUAUCAUGCCUUGCCAUUUUUUGUUUAUCUCCUUAAGUCGUCGUUUUCAGAAAAAUCGCUUUUAAAAAACAUUUUCAAUCUCAUUCAAAUUGGAUUAAUAACUUUAGCAACCUUUCUAUUACUUUGGAUUCCAUGGAUUUCAUCACUGAAUUCUUUAGUGGCAACAGCGCUACGACUUUUUCCUUUCAACAGAGGAGUCUUUGAAGAUAAAGUGGCGAAUGUGUGGUGUUCAUUGAAUGCUAUUUAUAAAUUCAAAGAAAAUCUUCGAAAUGACCAAAUGGCAUUAAUAUGUUUGGUUGCUACUUUAUUAGCUAUAUUAUCUACGAACUUACAUCUGUUUUUUGAUUUGAAAAAGAAAACUUUCUUAUAUACUUUGGUCAACACAUCAUUAUCAUUUUUCCUACUAUCGUUCCAAGUUCAUGAAAAAUCUAUACUAUUGGCGGCAAUUCCAAUUUGUUUCCUUUUUAAAAUGAUGCCAUUCGCCGUGCUAUGUUUUUUGAAAAUAUCCACUCUCAGCAUAUUUCCUUUACUAAUAAAAGACAACUUACGUAUUGUAUAUUUUUGUAUGAUUAUUGCAUAUUUUAUCAUAUUUAGGUGUUUAACACAAUUAGUUUAUAGUAAGGAAAACAAAACUCACAAUAUCUUGAAAAUGUUAAUGGAUAUAUUGGAUUUUAUAAUUUUAACAACGUCAAUUGCAACUUUAUUUAUUCCAGCUCCAGAUCGUUUUCCUUAUUUAUGGCCAUUUAUAAUAUCCUUUUUUUGUUGCAUAUUAUUUACUUUAUUUUUAGUUGCAUCAAAUCUUCUCCAAUGCAAUUAUUUCUUUAAAACUUUCAAAUACUUUAAAUAUCUUAAAAGAAUAUCAACAAAUUAUAUAUUUUAAUUAAACUCAUUUAUGUACUUUAAAUAACUAUUUGUUUAUAAAUAGUUAUAAAUUAUAAAAUAUAUGUUUCAUUUAAUUAAUUAAAAAAAUA